AUGAUCCCAGAUAAACUCGGAGUCCCAGGCAACAUUGCAUUGAGCAUUAUAUGGAACUACAUACACGAGUGGGGCUACAUUUAUCGUCGUAACAGCAAAGAUAUCUACUAUGACGGCCACGAACGUCAGGACGUCGUUGAGUAUCGUAAAAAAUGGGCACGGCAAAUGAUGAAUUUCGUCGAGCGCACCGAUACUUUUCUUGGUGAUGAUAUGAGAACCGUUAUACCACCAGAGCUUCGACCAGGACAGCAGAAAAUCGUAUUUGUUACCCAUGAUGAAUGCACUUUUUAUGCCAACGACGGAAAAAGCACACUUUGGCUACAAGAAGGCGAAAAUGUCCUACGUAAAAAAGGACCUGGUCUUUCCAUAAUGGUCAGCGAAUUUCAGUGCCCUUGUCACGGAACAAUGAAAAUCAAAGGAUGGACAUCACGACGUGUAAUUCAUGCUGGCGCUAAUCGUGACGGCUACUGGACUAGAUGCCAAGCUGUCUUUUUGUUUGAUCAAAGCAGCAACCACAAUGCAUACAAGAACGAUGCGCUUGUUGCAUCAUGGAUGCCUAUCCAACCAAAGCUGAAGUGCGAAAUGCCAUACGAAUUCAAGCUGACAUCGUUUCAUCUUGGUGGGGCUACCAGCAGCAACACACCUGUCACUGAUGAGCAUGAAAAUUCGUAUGCUGCUGAAGAUAGCAAUGAUGAUGAAAACACAUACCAUCAAAGCUUAUAUUACAAGGUCCCGGUCAAAAAAGGAAAGAAGGGCAAGGAGAAAACUGAGAACGUCUGGUAUUUCAAGGGUAUCAUGAGAAUCCUGAAGGAUCGCCAGCUCUGGAUGGAAGAGGAUCUCAACCGGCCUAGUAAAAAGUGGAGAGGUUUCUGCAAUGCUGAACCUAUGCCUGACAACUGUUGCUGUGGACGACACCUCCUUGCUGCCCAGCCAGAUUCUGCUAGUCAGAAGACGGCGCCUCACGAAGAAGUCCUUGCUGCUGGUCACCUUUUUGCAUUAUAUCCUAAGUUCCACUGUGAAUGCUAUUGGGGUGCAGCCAAGCGUGAAGCUCGCCUAAAAUGCGAAUACACUUUUAAAGCACUACAAGAACAUUUACAUGAUUUUCUUGAUAGCGCAGGCAACCCUGUUACUAUCCAAAGCCAAGAUCUCAAUGCUGAAGGUGCCGCCAAAGAAGUCUAA